AUGAUCCAUGUUGCAUCACUGUUACACGACGAUGUGAUCGACAAGUCACCGCUGCGCCGCGGUGUGCCUUCCGCGCCGCUCGCAUUCGGGAACAAGCUGACCAUCCUCGCGGGAGAUUUCCUGCUGGGACGUGCGAGUACGACCCUCUCGCGAUUGGGCGACAACGAGGUUGUCGAAUUGAUUGCGAGUGUUAUCGCGAACCUCGUCGAGGGGGAGAUCCUGCAGCUCAAGUCGGUACAUGCAGAGGAGCUGGGCCUGGGAGGCGUGCAGAGCGUGGGCGCGGAGAAUUUUAAUAUCUAUCUGCAGAAGACGUACUUGAAAACGGCCAGCCUGAUGGCAAAGGGUGCGCGCGCUGCGGUGGUGCUCGGCGGAUGCAAAGAGGGUGAAGUCUGGAAGGAAAUCGCCUAUGCAUACGGGCGCAAUCUCGGGAUCGCUUUCCAGCUUGUGGACGACAUCUUGGACUACGAGUCCGGUGAAGCCGCCAUGGGCAAACCCGGUGGUGCCGACCUCAAGCUCGGACUAGCAACAGGGCCCGCCUUGUUCGCCUGGGAAGAGCACCCGGAGAUGGGGCCGCUUAUCAAGCGCAAGUUCCAGCAGGAAGGGGACGUCGAGCUGGCCCGGGACCUGGUACGGCGGUCGUCGGGGGUAGAGCGGACGCGCGACCUCGCGCGGAUGCACGCAGAUAAGGCACGGGAGGUGCUGGCGCCGCUCCCGGAAAGCGAUGCGAAGGGUGCGCUGGAGGUCCUGACGGAGCGAGUGGUGAAACGGACAUGGUGA